AUGGCUCCAAUCCGGCUCGCAAUCAUCGGCUUGUCAGGCACAAACCUCAGCAGCUGGGCCAGCGUAGCCCAUCUGCCUUACCUCCUCUCUCCCCGUGGCAAGGCCCAAUACAAGAUUGUCGCCAUCUGUAAUUCAAGCAUCGAGUCCGCGCGUUUAGCAAUUGAGACAUUCCAUCUGCCCUCCGACACCCGUCCGUAUGGCAGUCCUCAUGACCUGGCUCAAGAUGCCAACGUCGACUUCGUGGUGUGCAGCACCCGUGUUGACAAGCAUUACGAGUCCAUCAAACCCAGUAUCGCCGCCGGCAAGGCGGCCUUUGUGGAAUGGCCUCUAGCGUCAAACAUUUCGCAGGUGCGCGAGCUGGCUGAACUGGCUAAGGAAAAGAGAAUCAAGUCUUUAGUUGGCCUGCAAGGGUGCGUCACCGCUCCUGGCGUUGCGGUUCGAGAACUUUUGGAGCAGGGCCUCAUCGGCAAGGUUCUCAGCUCCGAGGUGAAGGCAAGGGGAGGCACAGGUGAUCGUGACGCAGUGCCCGAGUCUUUGAGAUACUUUACUCAGUUGGAAAUGGGAGGGAACGCCAUCACGGUUGGCUUCGGUCACUUAUGGGACCUCCUGCAAUUUGUUCUCGGGGACACUCAGGACAUUCGCAGCCGACUGCAGCUACAGAGGCCUAAAGUCGGGCUCCUCUCCUCGACAACAAGCACGGUCGUUGAUACCAUCAAGUCAGACGUGCCAGACCUUGCUUCUGUGACCGCCUCGUUGAAAGGUGCCAAAUACAUCCAAGAUGGUGCCUCUCUCUUCGUCAACUUUCGCCGUGGUCAGCCAUUCCCCGGCGAGCCUCAUCUGACAUGGAGCAUUCACGGAGAAAGAGGGGAGAUCAAUUUUACGGCCGACGGUGGCACAACGCCGCGCACAAUGGCUUCAAGACCCAUCAACAUUGUAUUACACGACUUUGCUGCCAACCAAGUUCAGGAGGUUGGUUGGAGCUGGGAAUCUUGGUGUCAGGAACUCCCGACUGCGGCCAGGGGUGUUGCCAUGCUGUAUGAAGCCUACGCUCGUGGGGACAAGACCGCCUAUUCCGACUUUGACCAUGCUUUGAAGCGUCAUGAACAAUUAGAAGAAAUCUUGGCUGAAAGACGAUGA